UGUGAUGUAAAAGACAAUGUAUAAAAUAUACAUAGUUAUAUAAGCAAUCCAAUUGUGAAGUGGGCUUAAAGAAAAGACAACAUUUUUUUGACAGUUGAAGUAAGAGACUUAAAAGAAGAGAAAGUUGAAUUGACAUCAACAUCCUUGAAAUUUAGUGCUAAUGCUGAAGGUGUAAAUUAUGCAUUUGAAAUCAAUUUCUAUGCUGAAGUUAUUGUUGAAGUAUGAGAAUACAUAAAAGUAAGGAAAGUAAAUGGACUAAUUAUGGUGUGAAUGUGAGAUUCAUUUUAAGUAAAAAAGAUUAAGCCGCCUCAUAUUGGACUAGAUUGAUAAAAGAAACUCAUAAAUUAUAAUAUUUACAAGUAUGAGCAAUCUAAUAAUUAUAAUAGGUUGACUGGACUAAAUAUAUUGAUGAGGAUGAUGAAGCUGAAGAAGGAGGUAAAGGAUUAGAAGAUUGGAAUGCCAAUAACUUUUAAGGAUUUGAUGGAUAAGGUUAAUAAGAUGAAGAUGAAGAAGAUUAAGAAGAAUAAGAAGAAUAAGAAUAAACAUAAGAAGAAUAAUAAUAAGAAUAAGGAGAAUCAUAAAAAGGAUAAGAGGAAGUAUAAAACUAAUGAGUU